AUGAAAGAUCUCCUGAGCAUUCCCUUCGUACAAAUCUUCACCCUCGCAGCCCUCAGCUUGGCCGAGAAGCUUCCAAAAGCUCCCUUUAUCAGCACUCCUCUGGAAACGGUGGAUGCGCUGGUGGAGGACGUUGCCAAGUUCGUGUGUGUUGUGGAGUCAUACCCUGAGCCAGAGAUUACGUGGACACGCAACAGCAUUCCCAUCAGGCUGUUUGACACCCGGUACAGCAUACAGAGGAACGGGCAGCUCCUGACCAUUUUGAGUGUUGAGGACAGUGAUGACGGUGUGUAUUGCUGCACAGCGGACAAUGGGGUUGGAGUGGCCGCACAGAGCUGUGGGGCUCUGCAAGUGAAAAUGCGACCCAAAAUAACCCGACCUCCUAUAAAUGUGGAAAUAAUAGAAGGGUUAAAGGCUGUUCUUCCAUGCACUACAAUGGGGAAUCCAAAACCUUCUGUUUCAUGGAUCAAAGGAGAAACAGUUGUGAAGGAAAAUGUUCGUAUUGCUAUUCUUGAUUCAGGGAAUUUAAGGAUCCACAAUGUUCAGCGUGAAGAUGCUGGGCAGUAUCGAUGCGUAGCCAAGAACAGCCUGGGCACAGCCUAUUCAAAACCCGUAACAGUUGCAGUGGAAGUUUUUGCCAGAAUCCUGAAGGCUCCUGAAUCCCAUAAUAUCACCUUUGGGUCUGUGGUGACAUUGCGGUGCGCGGCAACAGGCAUUCCAGUCCCCACUGUCACCUGGCUUGAAAAUGGAAAAGCUGUUUCUGCAGGGUCCAUAGUGGAAAGUGUCAAGGACAGAGUGGUUGACUCCAGACUACAGGUAUACGUCCCCCCCCUUGGCUUUUUUUUUUUUUUAGCCACUAACAAACACAGCAAAACCUUUGGUGCCGCGAAAGCUGCAGCGACCAUCAGUGUUUCAGAGUGGAGCAAACUGUACAAGGGUGAUGCAGGCUACUGCAGCACAUACAGAGGUGAGGUGUGUAGUGCUAUCUUGCCGAAGAAUGCUCUUGUUUUCUUCAACUCCUCCUAUGCUGACCCAGAGGAGACCCAAGAGCUGCUUGUUCACACUGCCUGGACUGAACUGAAAAUGGUGAGUUCAUUCUGCCAACCAGCUGCUGAGUCUCUGCUGUGUAACUACAUCUUCCAGGAGUGCAAUCCCUCGGGAGCUGGGCCGGCUCCAAAACCAGUGUGCAGAGAGAAUUGCCUUGCUGUAAAGGAUCUCUACUGCUUUAAGGAAUGGCUCUCAAUGGAGGAAAACUCGCAGAAGGGGAUUUACAAGCCAGGGCUGAUGCUGCUCACUCUUCCUGAAUGCAACAGGCUGCCCAGCCUGCACCAGGACCCCAGCGCCUGCACCAGGAUCCCUUUCUUCGAUUUUAAGAAGGAGAAUAUAACCAGGACUUGCUACAACGGCAAUGGCCGGUUCUACCAGGGUUGGGCCAAUGUUACGGCCUCCGGCAUCCCCUGCCAGAAGUGGAGCGACCAGGUUCCUCACUUACACAGGAGGACUCCUCAAGUUUUCCCUGAGCUGUCUGGUGCAGAGAAUUACUGCCGUAAUCCAGGAGGUGAAAAUGAACGUCCCUGGUGUUAUACAAAAGACCCAUCUGUGAACUGGGAAUACUGCAGCGUGUCUCCUUGUGGAGAUGCAUCAUUAUCACUAGGAACAAGAAAACCCAAUGGAGAGACUCCAAAUCUCCCCCCUGCUCCUCCCUUUUCCCCUACCUACUCCAUGACUGUUAUCAUUUCGAUCAUCUCCAGCUUUGCCCUGAUAGUGAUCCUUGCUAUUGUCACCCUAGUUUGCUGCCGUCGGCGAAAGCAAUGGAAAAACAAAAAGAGGGAGUCAGAAACGCCGACGCUCACCACACUGCCCUCUGAACUCCUCUUGGACAGGCUGCACCCCAACCCUAUGUACCAGCGGAUGCCCCUUCUCCUCAAUCCAAAGUUACUCAGCCUGGAGUAUCCACGAAACAAUAUUGAAUAUGUGAGAGAUAUUGGGGAAGGAGCAUUUGGCAGAGUCUUUCAAGCAAGGGCUCCGGGACUGCUGCCUUAUGAGCCUUUCACAAUGGUGGCUGUGAAAAUGCUAAAGGAAGAAGCGUCUGCGGACAUGCAAGCUGACUUUCAGAGGGAGGCAGCCCUCAUGGCAGAAUUUGACAAUCCGAAUAUUGUCAAACUUUUAGGUGUGUGUGCUGUUGGGAAACCAAUGUGCCUCCUAUUUGAAUAUAUGGCCUACGGGGAUCUUAACGAAUACCUGCGUGACCGCUCCCCACGCAACCUCUGCAGCCUGGUGCACGGCAGCCUGGACACGCGGCUCCGUCUCUCCAACCCCUUGGCCCUGUGCUGCACCAGCCAGCUCUGCAUUGCCAAGCAGGUGGCUGCCGGCAUGGCCUACCUCUCUGAGCGCAAGUUUGUGCACCGGGAUUUGGCCACCAGGAAUUGCUUAGUGGGAGAGAACAUGGUAGUCAAAAUUGCCGAUUUCGGUCUCUCGAGGAACAUGUAUUCGGCAGACUAUUACAAGGCGAAUGAGAAUGAUGCCAUUCCCAUCCGCUGGAUGCCCCCCGAGUCCAUUUUCUACAACCGUUACACCACGGAGUCCGACGUGUGGGCCUACGGGGUGGUGCUGUGGGAGAUCUUCUCCUACGGCAUGCAGCCCUAUUAUGGCAUGGCUCACGAGGAGGUCAUCUACUACGUGAGGGAUGGCAACGUCCUCUCCUGCCCUGACAACUGCCCCUUGGAGCUCUACAACCUGAUGCGCCUGUGCUGGAGCAAGCUGCCCUCCGACCGGCCGGGCUUUGCCAGCAUCCACCGCAUCUUGGAGCGCAUGUAUGAGAGGGCGGUGGCUGCUGCGCAGGUCUGA